UCUUUUUUCCCUUAUGCCUACAAACAGAGAAAACAAAGCUUAUACUGCUCUUGAUCAAAGCUCGAUGCCUAACUUUAACUCUUCUUGGGUUAACUAUAAAGGUGCAUGGUCAACUACAAUCUUCGUCGUGAUUGCCUUGAAAGCCCUAUUUACUGUUAUACCUUUUAUUACACCAGAAGCAAGCUGGACAUUGACAAAUUUAUCUUUUAAUUUUGUAAGUAAAAUACACAAGAGAGAGAGAGAGAGAAAGUGGAAUGUUUAUAUAGAUAAUAGGGUCACUAUAUCAUGUUUCAUUGGGUACAAGGUAUUCCAUUUGAGAAUAACCAAGGAGCAUAUGAUGGAUUGACAUUAUGGGAACAAAUUGAUGGAGGUGUCCAGUUUACAGCAACACGUAAAUUCUUAACUGCUGUACCUAUUGUCUUAUUCUUAUUGAGUACACAUUAUACACAUUAUGAUGUUUUUUUGUUUGGUAUCAAUUUCACAGCACUUUUGGUAGUCUUGGUAGCAAAACUACCUGUGAUGCAUCGAGUACGAAUCUUUGGUAUUAAUAAACUGGACUAUGAAAUGGAUUAAAUUACAUACACUCACUGUAGUAACACAAAAAAAAAAAGAGAUAGAGUACAUGAUAUCACCUUAUUCACUUUAUAUAAAAUUGACAUCAUUAUUAUGCAAAUCAUUUGUGAAUAUAUAAAAACCCAAUGUUUUUCUUUA